CACACCAACACAGAUUCGACAGUGAAGAGGUCAUGCAUGGAUUAAUUAGAGUAGCAUCUGAUUCUGAUUCUGUCAACUACCAAAUACAAAAUUAUUUUUUCUCUCACAAACAAUGACUUAAGGUAACCCCUCCAGACUUCCAGUAGCUAUAACGCUUGCUUCCAAAUUGGAGAGGGAAAGAAUUGGUAAAGAAGCAAUAUUAUUUUUCACAGAACGGAUCCAUGGCCAACAGGUAAGCACUACUUCACUGACUCGCUCCCUCCCCUGUGCCCUUCUUCACAUAUAUAUUAAUUAAAAGGACGAAGGGAUCUCAUGUAAGCAGAGAUAUUCAAAACUCACCAGGCGCAGGAGAUAAAAGCCGGAACAAUGCAGCAGCGGGAAGACAGGGGAAGGCUGGGUCGACGGCGAGCGGGGAACGCCAGGUUGACGACGAGCAGGGAAGGCUGGGUCGACGGCGAGCGGGGGUUGAAGGCCGGAACAAGGCAGCGAGCGGUGAGCCAAAGGUCGGGUUGACGACAACGAGGGCUGAAGGCGAGCAGGGGAGGCCUCGACAGGUCGACGAAGAUCAGGGGAGUCCGGGCUGACGGCGGCAGGGGAGUCCUCGGCGGCAACGGAAGCAAGACAGGGGAGAGUGGAGGAGAUAAGAGGUCGGGGAGAGUGGAGGAGAAGUGAGGCGGCGGGGAGCAGAUGAGAAGAAGGGGUUAGGGUUUGGGGGUCCAAAUUGAUUUGGGUGGUUGGGGGCCUCGAUGUAUGUAUCUCAUUAAUGACAAAGAGGAGAAACCCGUCCGUUUCCCAUUCCUGAAAUUGAAAAAUUUUGUUUCCCAAAACCCUUUACUAUUCGGCACUAUUUGAUUCCCCAAAUAAAAACGGAUGGAAAGGGAAUGGAAAGUAAACACAGUUUCCUGUUUGCAUUUCUAAAUAAAUGAAAUGGAAUGACAAAACAAGAAUGGGAAUGGUUACUAAACAGGGCAUUAGGAUUUACGGUAGGAUUUUCAUUGUAUGUUUGUUGUGACAUAACAAUCCUCAGUCAAAAAAAAAAAAAAAACAAUCCUACAGCCAGCUGGGCUUAUCAGAUUGGUCCAGUCAAAUGAAAAGCCCAUGAUACAGUAAUCAUGUCUUGGGCGCGAAGUGUAAGUAACGGGAAAAAAGCGGGAAAGAGAAUAAAUGAUGGCGGCACGGAAACAUAGCUUUGGUUGAAUAACAACCGGUCACUUCCCAAAUUCUUCCUCUCUUCCUCUGUUUCCCAAUUUUUUUUGCCAAUUUUAGUGUACGAUAAAUUACAGAGGAAAACGAAAAAAUGCAGAGCGAAGAAGAAGAAGAGCGACCCUUUCUCCCCCUUUUCUUCCUCGUGCUCUGUUUUUUUUUCCCCCUUCCUUUCAUUCGAUUUUGCCGUUUCCAUUUUUCACAUUCCCCAACAGAGCAAAAGAGACUCUGUUUUAUGUCCCCGCAACUGAACAAUUUCUAACCUCUGUAAUCCAACCACGUCUUCUUAUCUCUCCUUCUCCGGCAGGAAUAGGGUACAGUUUUAGAGACAGAGAUGGGGGGAGGCGGCGGCGAAGGAGGAGGAGCAGGAGAAGCCCGGCCGAGGGAGCUCGAUGCCACGCCGACGUGGGCCGUCGCAGUUGUUUGCGCUGCCAUCAUCGUCAUCUCCAUUGUCUUGGAGAAAUUCCUCCACUUGACAGAAGAGUGGUUUCACGAGAGGCACAAGAAAGCUCUGGUGGAAGCUCUAGCAAAAAUCAAAGGAGAAUUGAUGGUUUUGGGGUUCAUAUCAUUGACGCUGACGUUCAGUCAAAAUUACAUCGCCCAAAUCUGCGUGCCUUCGAAAUACGCCAACUCUAUGUUGCCCUGCGACUUGAGCCACACCGGCGGCCACGAUCUCGGUGACGUUGCUGGCCCGGAUAAAGCCGGUGGCGGAGAACACAAAGAAGGUGCCGAGGCUGCCGUUGCCGCCGCAGCUGCCGCGGAGAAUCACCGGAAGCUGCUCUGGUAUGAACGCAGAGAGCUUAGUGGGCAUGGCGGACCUAUACAUUGUGACCCGGGGAAAAUGCCGAUGAUUUCAGUGAAUGGGCUGCACCAACUGCACAUAUUCAUAUUUUUCCUGGCAGUUUUCCAUGUUAUCUACAGCGCCAUAACCAUGUUGCUUGGGCGACUAAAGAUUCGUGGGUGGAAGGAGUGGGAAGCUAUAGGUGCCAAGGAGCACGAGCAUUUGAAUGAUCCAACGAGAUUCAGGCUUACUCAUGAGACGUCCUUUGUUAAAUCCCACACUAGUUUUUGGACCAAAACGCCAGUCUCCUUCUAUGUGGUAUGCUUCUUUAGACAGUUCUUUAGGUCUGUGAGCAGAGCUGACUACUUGACAAUGCGGCACGGUUUCAUUUCUGUUCAUUUGGCACCUGGGACUAAGUUUGAUUUCCAGAAGUACAUCAAGAGAUCUCUGGAAGAUGAUUUCAAAGUUGUUGUGGGAAUCACUCCACUGCUAUGGGCUUCUGUGGUUUUGUUCAUGCUUCUGAAUGUUCAUGGAUGGCAUGUGAUGUUCUACCUGUCUUUGCUGCCAGUAGUUAUGAUAUUGGCAGUUGGAACAAAGCUUCAAGCAAUCAUAACGGAGAUGGCGAUCGAGAUUACCGAAAGGCAUGCUGUGGUACAAGGGAUUCCCCUUGUGCAAGUCUCUGACAGACAUUUUUGGUUCAGUUGGCCUCAGUUGAUCCUCUACAUCAUCCACUUCACUCUGUUCCAAAAUGCGUUUGAGCUCACUUAUUCCUUUUGGAUAUGGUAUGAGUUUGGGUGGAAGUCUUGCUUCCACGAACACCUUGUAAUCCCAGUGAUCAGAGUUACUAUCGGGAUUGGAGCUCAAUUCCUAUGCAGUUACAUCACACUCCCGCUCUAUGCCCUUGUCACUCAGAUGGGUUCGACGAUGAAACGAUCGAUCUUUGAUGAACAAACAUCAAAGGCCUUGAUGCAAUGGCACAAGAAAGCACACAAGCAGGCGCAUGACAAGAAAUCUGAGCAUCCUCACCCGACGGAGCACGCACACGACGAUGAUCAUACCCACGAUGGAGUCCAUCACCGAAGUCAUACCGCAGGAGAUGACGCAGAUGGUGAGUCGUCGGCCAACAUUAUGGCGACAGUGGAUAUCAAUGGGGAUCGACAUGGUCAACGUGAUCUUUUAAGUUAGAUUCAAGAAUUUAUUUUAACAUUUUAUCUCUAUUUUGGUUCGGAUUAUUAUGACGUUUGGUUGUAGAGCACACGACCUACCGCUUGACUGAUUCAAACUUUAUCAUUGUUGAUGGUAAAAGAGACUGUUGUUGUAGAUUUGUUAAUUACUAUGAUGGUGUAUGUAAUGUACUGAAUAAGCCUACUUGGAUUGUAAAUUUUGAAGGAAGGCAUUCAGAAUUUUUGAAGCUAUAGUAGAGUUUGCUUAUUGCAUCAACCAAAGAGGGCGGGUAACUACUAACUACUUUGUUUCAGCGAAAGCAAAAGGGAUCCAUGGAAGGACAGGACCGUCUUUUUGGCUGGAUAAAUGUUUUGAUUCCUUCUCUUUGGUUAGUUUUUCUUUCUUCUCUGUUUUGCUUCCUUGGGAUUCCUCUGUUUCAGCCAUGGCUUCCAUUCCAAUUGAGGGAAGCUUACAGAGAUGCAUUCUCGCCGGAACCAGCAGUAACAAUCCUGGCCACCGUGCAAGCAGAGUCGGCACCAGUUUCCGGCGAUUGGCAUUCCAGAAGGCACGCAAUUGUCAACACCACAUUGCCAUCGUUACUGGCCUGGUGGUUCUUCCGACGCCAACUGUCGGAGGCCAUUGAAAGAAGGAACCGGAAGAACAUCCCAAUCGAAGAAUGCCUCUCUGGCCGUUAGUUACGCUAUGUUUGGCUAGCGGUGCAAAUGGAGGGUGCGAAAUUUGAGGGAUAAAUGUCAUUCCCAAUGCAUUUAUCCCCAUUCGGAUAAUUUGCAAUAGUGUUGGGAACACAUGGGGUUUAAUUCAUUAUUCCCCUUAACCCCCAAUUUGGGGUGCAAGAAGAGAGAAAGAAAAAGGAAGAUGUGAGUUAUGUAAAAUUGAUAUUAAUAUUAUUAUAAUAUUUAAAUAAUUAUAUUUUAAUAAUGGAUAUGUAAAUGAUUAUUGUUAUAAUGAAGAUAGUAAGAAAGAUUACUACUAUUAAAUCAUAAAUCAUAAUUAUUAUAAUAAUUAUUAUUAUUAAUGUAAAAUUUGUCUAUGGAUCGCAAGUUUGUCAAAUUGGCUCCAAUUGUUGAAUUUGUUCGCCGAAGUUUGACUCAAAUUUGUGUUGUAAAGUAUAAAAAAAAAGUGUCAUGGAAAAAGUAGAAUGUGAAAUUUUUUGGUUGACUUAGGUCAAUUUGAUUGACUCAAUUUGGUUGACUUAGGUCAAUUUGAUUGACUCAAUUUGGUUGACUUAGGUCAAUUGGAUCGCAGUUCUCAUGAGUUUGGACAAGUUUGAACCAAACCAAACCGAAUUGUUGCACACACCUACCUAGUUCGGGUUCACCCAUUGACUUCGGGAGCAAGUUUGUUAAGGUUCGUCUAGUCGUAUCGAGAUCACCAUAUCGACAAAUCAACGCUCAAGUGGGAGACAUGAGAUAGUAAUAUAUAUGUCUUGGCUAUAGGUUGGGCUUCAAGUUUCGAGAUUUUUUCAAUCAAUGAUUAUUAUAAUAAAUUAUUAUUUAAGCA